AUGAACGACGUGAAAGUGUUAGAAACGCCCUUUAUGGCUGAGAAUUGUGGAAACAAGUGUUCAUCAGAUUGGGAUCAGUCCAUACAGAAGAAGAGUUUUGAGGAUAAACAUCUAAAAGUGGAAGCCAUAUUGAAACGGUUUGCAUGUGAGAAAAAUAAUCUAGUCAAGCAUACCAGAGUACAUACAAAUGAAAAGCCAUUCAUCUGUGAGAUUUGCAACAAGUCCUUUUCAGAAAAGGGUAAUCUAGUGAUGCAUAUUAGAGUACAUACAAAGGAGAAGCCAUAUAUCUGUGAUGUUUGCAACAAGGCCUUCUCAGUAAAAUUUAGUCUAGUGACACACAUGAGAGGAACAGGGAUUGUGUCUACGAGGUCUAUGUAUAGCUCUCACCCAGGGAAGACAUCUCAUGGGGAGCAUGAGACUGCAUCUAAUAGCAUGAUGUUUUAG